CGGACGCGCCGCCCCUGCCGGAAGCGGAAGUGACGUAGAGUCACGUGAGGAAGGCCCGGCCUCAUCUCCCGCCUCCUGUUCGCUUCACGGCGGGUCCGGAGCCGCUACCGUGGACAGCGGGAAACCCCGGUGUUAAACCGGGUGCGUUCCGGGACCCCCGAACGGCCUCGGGACGGGCUGAGGGGUGAGGGGAGGGCCUUGCCCACACCAAAAAUGGCGCCAGCGCCGCCUCCCCGGGAAGAUGGCGGCGCGAGACAAGAUGGCGGCGGCUGCCCUCAACAAAGAUGGCGGCCGGGGAUUCGGGCCGCUCCGAAAAAGGCAUGGACGAGCCCGGCGGGAGCCGCGGGGGUUUCGCCCCUCCCCCCCCGUGGGAACGGCCGGGGCCGCCCCCUCCCCCCCAGCUGGGUGGGGGAGGGGCGGGGGGGGGAGGGGCGGAGCUGGAGUACGUGGACCUGGACGAGUUCCUGAGGGAGCACGGGCUGCCCCCCCCCAGCCCCCCCGAGACCCCCGAGACCCCCGAGAGGGCGCCCGCCCCGGGCCCGCCGCGGGCGCCCGCGGAGGCGCUGCCGGAGGCCGAGGCGCUGGGGGGAGGGGCUGCCCCGUUCGACCCCCGGCGCCUGCGCUUCUCGCAGGAGGAGCUGCGGCCGCAGCCCAUCGCCCGCAAGGCGCGCAAGGUGCACGUGCCCGAGGAGCAGAAGGACGAGAAGUACUGGAGCCGGCGCUCGCGGAACAACGCGGCGGCCAAGCGCUCGCGGGACGCGCGGCGCCUCAAGGAGAACCAGAUCUCGGUGCGGGCGGCGUUCCUGGAGCGCGAGAACGCCGCGCUGCGCCUCGAGGUGGCCGCCGCGCGCCGCGAGCUCCAGCGCUUCCGCGCCAUCCUGGCGCGCUACGAGGCGCGCCACGGACAGAUCUGAGCGGGGAUUUGGGAUCAUCCCAGAGGGAUCCAGGGUGGUUCCAUUGAUCCCAGCGCACCAUGGAAGGAUCUGAGCAGAAUUUGGGAAUUUGGGAUCGUCCUGGAGGGAUCCAGGGUGGUUCCACAGAUCCCAGAGCGCCAUGGACAGAUCUGAGCAGGAUUUGGGAAUUUGGGAUCAUCCUGAAGGGAUCUGGGAUGGUCCCACGGGAUCCUGGAGCUCCAUGGACAGAUCUGAGCGGGAUUUGGGAAUUUGGGAUCGUCCUGGAGGGAUCCAGGGUGGUUCCACAGAUCCCAGCGCUCCAUGGAAGGAUCUGAGCAGAAUUUGGGAAUUUGGGAUUGUCCCGGAGGGAUCCAGGGUGGUUCCAUUGAUUCCAGCACAUCAUGGACGGAUCUGAGCGGGAUUUGGGAAUUUGGGAUCGUCCUGGAGGGGUUUGGGGUGGGUGCAGGGGAUCCAGAAUUGAUCAGAGGGAUCCAGGAUGGCUCCAGGGGAUCCAGAACUGCUCCAAGGAAUCCAGAACCUCCCCAGGGGAUCCAGAACUGCUCCCAGGGGAUCCAGAACCAUCAGGAACAGCCCAGAACUGACCCAGGAACACAAAAUCCACUGAGAUAACCGAACAGCCCCCGAGGGUCCGGGCAGAUCCAGGACUGGGAUCCAGGGAACAACUCCAGGACCUGGAUCC